AUGGUCCAAGCGUGGUUUGAGCGUGUCUCCAUGCUGGCUAUUCUUCUGAACUGUGUGACGUUAGGAAUGUUCCAGCCCUGCGAUAUGUACGUUCACUGUCUCAACAACCGCUGCUCUUUCCUACAGGCUCUGGAUGACGGUAUCUUUGUGUUCUUUGCGGUGGAGAUGCUGGUGAAGAUGGUGGCUCUGGGUGUUCUAGGUCAGAAGGGUUACCUUGGCGACACCUGGAACAGACUGGACUUCUUCAUCGUUAUCAUCGGGAUGUUGGAGUAUUCUCUAGACGGACACAACGUCAGCCUAUCAGCCAUCAGGACUGUCAGGGUGCUCCGCCCACUACGAGCCAUCAACAGAGUACCCAGUAUGCGUAUCCUGGUGACUCUGCUCCUAGACACUCUCCCCAUGCUGGGGAAUGUUCUGGCACUCUGUUUCUUCGUCUUCUUCAUCUUCGGCAUCGUGGGCGUGCAGCUGUGGGCGGGGCUACUGAGGAACAGGUGCUUCAUGGGAGAAGACUUCAAAACGAUAUACAACGUCUCCUUCCUGACUGGGUACUAUCGUCCCGAGGAGACGGAGGACAUCCCUUUUAUCUGCUCAACCAAUCGGGAGAACGGAAUGCUGCGGUGUUCCGACGUUCCGCGCCGCCGUGUGGACGGGUCCUGGUGCAUGCUGGGGGCAGAAGGGGUCGGGGAGGGGCCUGGGGCAGAUGGACCAAUAGGAGGCGGGUGUGUGAACUGGUACCAGUAUUAUAAUGUCUGUCGGGCUGGGGAGCGAAACCCUCAUAAAGGAGCCAUCAACUUUGACAACAUCGGAUACGCCUGGAUCGCUAUCUUUCAGGUGAUAACUCUGGAAGGCUGGGUGGACAUCAUGUACUAUACUCUGGAAGGCUGGGUGGACAUCAUGUACUAUGUAAUGGAUGCUCACUCCUUCUACAACUUCAUCUACUUUAUAUUCCUCAUCAUCGUGGGCUCGUUCUUCAUGCUGAACCUGUGCCUGGUCGUCAUAGCGACCCAGUUCUCAGAGACGAAGCAGCGCGAGAACGCCCUGAUGAGGUCGGAGCAGCGCGCCCGUUACCUCAGCAACGCCUCCACUCUGGCUUCCUAUCAGGAGCCGGGGUCCUGCUACGAGGAGAUACUGCGCUACAUCGGACACCUGUACCGUAAACUGACCCGCAGAGUCGCCCGGGCCGUCACACACUGCUCUACGCACACACCUCGUUGUACUUGUUGGACAAACUCACACCAACACACACCCAAAGGAGAGGUGAACGGACUGGCCAAUCGGCACUCGGGACGUGGCGUCUUCCACCUUCGUCCUCCUCCUCUUCCUCGUCCGCCUAACUGCGUGGGGGUGGAGAUGAGUAACGGGGGAGUAGGCAGGGAGUUAAACUACCCCUCUAUCUACCCCCACGACCUCUACGACCUGACCCCCGACCCCAGCUACAUGACCUCCAGGGGGAGGGGCCACACCGUCACACUGGUGUUAGAGCCCAAUAAGAAGGCAGAGCACAGGGAGGCGUUGCCGUGCCCCUACUGCGUCCACGACGACCAGCUUUGUGACAACGACCAUGCCGAUUUUGAACCUAGCAACCGGCGCCAUGGCAACCUGAGCCCUCGCCGCGGUAACAGCCUUCGGCGUGUCGACGGACAGGCCUUGAGGCCGAUCAGAGACCUAGUUGGGUGGUGGGCGGAGCUACAGGCCAGGUUGGAGCAUGUGGUGAGCAGUAGGUACUUCAACAGAGGGAUCAUGAUCUCCAUCCUCAUCAACACUCUCAGUAUGGGGAUAGAGUUCCACCAACAGCCCCAGGAGCUGACUGACAUCCUAGAGAUCAGUAAUCUAGUGUUCACCAGUCUCUUCAGUCUGGAGAUGCUGCUGAAGCUGCUGGCCUUCGGACUCUUCGGCUAUAUCAAGAACCCGUACAACGGCUUUGACAGCGUCAUCGUCAUCAUCAGUGUAUGGGAGAUCGUUGGGCAGGCGGACGGCGGUCUGUCAGUCCUGCGUACGUUCCGUCUGCUGCGGGUCCUGAAGCUGGUCCGGUUCCUGCCCGCCCUGCGCAGACAGCUGGUGGUUCUGAUGAAGACUAUGGACAACGUAGCCACCUUCUGCAUGCUGCUCAUGCUCUUCAUAUUCAUAUUCAGUAUCCUAGGCAUGCAUCUGUUUGGCUGUAAGUUUGGUCUGAAGCUGGACAGUGGAGACACGCUACCUGACAGGAAGAACUUUGACUCGCUGCUCUGGGCUAUCGUCACUGUGUUCCAGAUCCUGACUCAGGAGGACUGGAAUCUGGUCCUGUAUAACGGCAUGGCCUCCACCUCUCCUCUUGCUGCUCUCUACUUUGUGGCUCUGAUGACGUUUGGGAACUACGUCCUCUUCAACCUGCUGGUGGCCAUCUUGGUUGAGGGCUUUCAGGCGGAGGGUGAUGCUAACAGGUCAGAGUCCGGCGAUGAGAAACUGUCGACCUUAGAAGAGGAGGAGAAGAUGAAGGAGCUGUAUUCAGCAGAGUUGAAGCUCCAGGCGAUGAUGUUGACUCCUAAUGGCCUUCUGAAUCCCCGAGCCUCCAUGCCCCUCCCACCCACACAGUCACCGUGGCAACAACCGCCGCCACCAUCCCCACGGCAACGCCCGCCACUCAUCCUGCACACAUUGGCCACGCCCACAACUUGCGACAGCCAAUCACGACGGGGCAGCGCCGUCUCUACGGAUACAAGCAACACCCUGGACCCCAGGUCGCCGUCUCCAUGGGACAGCCGGCGCGCCAGCUGGUCUUCUAUUGGCCGAGGUCCCAGCCUACAGCAGCGGAGGAGCCAAUCUAGUGAGAGAGAUUCUCUGCUGUCAGAAGGGGCGGGGUCAGAAUGGUCCAAUCCCAGCUGGGGGUGGAGCAGGGAGGAGUCUUUCGACCUCCUGGACCAAUCAGAGUAUCUGACCGUGCCGAUGCUCCGCCCACCUGGCUGUAACGGGAAGACCCUUCACCUCCCUGACGCCGGGACCCUACGUUACUAUAGCGACCACGAGGAGGAGGAGGAGGACGCUGAGGAGAGUGUGUGUUUGCGGGUGAAGCUGGUCCUGGAGCCCUAUAAGCCCCAGUGGUGUAGAGAUCAUGAGGACUGGGCUCUCUACCUGUUCUCCCCAUGUAACAGGUUUCGUCAGUGGUGUCAGAGAGUGAUAACUCACAAGAUGUUUGAUCACAUAAUCCUCCUUUUCAUCUUCCUCAACUGCAUCACCAUCGCUCUGGAGAGACCAGACAUACAGACACACAGUACAGAGAGAGUGUUCCUCAGUGUGUCCAACCAUAUCUUCACUGUGAUCUUCAUAGCAGAGAUGACCGUUAAGGUGGUAGCCCAGGGUCUGUACUCAGGGGAAGCAGUCUAUCUGAAGAGCAGCUGGAAUGUUCUGGAUGGACUGUUGGUGUUUGUAUCUCUGCUGGACAUUCUGGUUUCCAUAGCAUCCGCCGGCGGUAACCGUAUCCUAGGAAUCCUCAGAGUGCUGCGACUCCUGCGUACCCUUCGACCCCUCAGGGUGAUCAGUCGAGCCCCAGGGCUGAAGCUGGUAGUAGAGACUCUGAUCACGUCUCUGAGACCCAUCGGAAACAUCGUCCUCAUCUGCUGCGGCUUCUUCAUUGUGUUUGGAAUACUGGGAGUACAGCUUUUUAAGGGUAAGUUCUUCCACUGUGAGGGGGCGGACGUGAGGAACGUGACCAAUAGGACUGACUGUCUCCGUGCCGGCUACCGGUGGACACGACGCAAAUACAACUUCGAUAACCUGGGACAGGCGUUGAUGUCUCUGUUUGUCCUGUCCUCUAAAGACGGGUGGGUCAGCAUCAUGUAUGACGGACUGGACGCCGUGGGGGUAGACCAGCAGCCGGUGAGGAACCACAACCCGUGGAUGCUCCUGUUCUUCAUCUCCUUCCUCCUCAUCGUCAGUUUCUUCGUCCUCAACAUGUUCGUGGGCGUCGUCGUGGAGAACUUCCACAAGUGUCGUCAGGACCAGGAGGAAGAGGAGGCCAAGGCCCGGGAGGAGAAGAGAGCCAAGAGAGCAGAGAAGAGGAGGAGGAAGGCCCAGGAGAGGCCCUACUAUGCAGACUACUCCCCGGUGCGUCUCACCAUCCACACGUUGUGCACCAGCCACUACCUGGACCUCUUCAUCACCGUCAUCAUCGCUACCAACGUCCUCACCAUGAGCAUGGAGCACUACAACCAGCCGCAGUAUCUGGAGGAGGGGUUGAAGUAUUGUAACUACGUCUUCACUCUGGUGUUUGUUAUCGAGACGGUCCUCAAACUCAUCGCCUUCGGGCUGAGACGGUUCUUCAAGGAGAGGUGGAACCAGCUGGACCUGGCCAUCGUGUUGUUGUCCGUCAUGGGCAUCACUCUGGAGGAGAUUGACCUCAACGCGUCCCUGCCCAUCAACCCCACCAUCAUACGCAUCAUGAGAGUACUGAGGAUCGCUAGAGUGUUGAAGCUGUUGAAGAUGGCAACAGGGAUGAGGGCUCUACUAGACACUGUGGUUCAGGCCCUGCCUCAGGUAACUAUAAUACUAAUAUAAUACUGUGGGAAUCUGGGUCUCCUCUUCAUGUUGCUGUUCUUCAUCUAUGCAGCACUCCAGCUGUUUGACAACUGGGUCAAGUGUUCCGAGGAGAACCCGUGUGAGGGUCUGAGUCGCCACGCCACGUUCCAGAACUUUGGCAUGGCGUUCCUCACCUUGUUCCGCGUUUCCACCGGUGACAACUGGAAUGGAAUUAUGAAGGACACGCUGCGGGACUGUCGUCCAGAGGACCGUUCCUGUCUGUCCUACCUCCCUCUGGUUUCUCCGGUCUACUUCGUGACCUUCGUCCUGACGGCCCAGUUCGUGCUGGUCAACGUGGUGGUGGCGGUGUUGAUGAAACACCUCGAGGAGAGCAACAAGGAGGCACAGGAGGAGGCAGAGGAGGAGGCCAAGGAGGAGGAGGCGCGUCAGGAGGAGGCCAGGCAACAGGAGGCCAGGCAAGAGGAGGCGCGACAGGAGGCCAUUUGUCCCUUUAGCAACGCCACAGUGUGCGGCGUGGAAUCAUCUGGACAGGUUGUGGAAGAAGAGCGUUGUCGUGGUAGCCUGCUGACGGCGGGCCGGCCGUCUCUGUCUCGUAUGAUGUCUCUGCCUAGCGACAGCUACAUGCUCCGCCCCCUACAGCCUCUCGGACACACCCGCUACCCUCCCAUUGGCCACGACACCUACAAGGGAUGCGGUUUCUCAGGUUCUGUCUACUCCAUGGGUUCUAGCGGAGCAGGAUCCCUACUGCAGGUCCCGGGGGCGUUACCGUCUGGAAGCCACGCAUCCCUCAGCUCCAGGGGCUCCAGCUGCAGACCCACAGUCAGGCUCAGCCCCUCCCACAGCGUAGACAGACACUCCCUCUCCAUGGCGAGACACACCCCCAGGAGGCCUGGCCACGUUGACAGCAGACGGGCCUCUUAUAUCCACAGCCCCUCCCACAGUAUGGACACACAUAGUUACAGACUCAGCCCUGCUCAGAGCAUCGACAGAGACUCCUCCCGUUACCUCGAUAGACACGCCCCUUAUAUCCACAGCCCCUCCCACAGCAUGGACAGUAGACACACCCCUUAUAUCCACAGCCCCUCCCACAGCAUGGACAGUAGACAUCGAUAUCCACAGCCCCUCCCACAGCAUGGACAGAAGACACACCCUCAUAUGGAUAGACACGCCCUUAUAUCCACAGCCCCUCCCACAGCAUGGACAGAGGCGGUGCGUUGUGACUCUGAGGACCUGAGCUGCAGUUCCACCGACGAUCUGCGGGGAGGGAGCUCUGUCGACGGCACCCACCUCACCGUACCCAGCAUGCACCUCUCACCGCUACCCAGCCUGCCCCUGGUGAGCCCUCAGACCAGCUUUGACCCAAAGCAGAGUCCCAGUUCCAGCCCUGCCUUCAGCCAGGACCAGAGGAACCGGUGUCUCAGCAGCCAAUCGACGUCUCCCGUUCGAGAGUGGACCAGGAAGCAGAGGAUGAGCCCGCCCUGCAUCUCCGUAGCCCCACCUGCUGAAGCCCAGGUUUCCACGGUGACCCAGUCGACGGACAGCAGCAUGCAUCUGAGGAGGCGGACCCUGUCGGUUGACUCCGCCUCUCAGAGAGACUCAUUGGACACGAACCCAGCGGAGACACGCCUUUCUGUUCCCUUUCUCCAAUUGGACUCCAGCUUUAUAAGCAUCACGGUGGAUUCUGACCAAUCAGGAUGUGCGUUAUUGACGGACAACGAACCCGUCGAGGGGGAGGGGAGAGAAGGGGGAGGAGCUCGGAACUCUCAGUCUCUGCUGGGAUUGGUUCCCAACCCUCUCAGAAGGAGGAGCUUAGUGCGCAUGCUCAGCACACGGGAAGGAGAGGAGGAGACUCAACCCUGA